AGCGCAACUGGUUCCCAGAACCGCUGCCUGCUAGCCAGUGUUUCACUUUACUUUCAGCUGCAGCAGGACCGCAAUCGUCUCUGUUCUUUAAGUCGGCAGUAGUACGUUUUAAUAGCAUCUCUGCAUCAUCACUAUGGCUUCCAAGAGAAACGCUGAAAAAGAAAAAGAGGCUUUGGACUGGAUUGAAGCCAUUCUUGGAGAACCGAUUGAUCGGAAGAAACCAUUUGAAGAAGUUCUUAAAAAUGGUAUUAUUCUUUGCAAUUUCAUCAACAAACUUCUGCCUGGAUCAGUGAAAAAGAUUGAGAAGAGUGGCACUGGCUUUGUUUUGAUGCAGAAUUUAGAACGCUUCCAAGGAGCACUGAAGAAAUACGGUGUCCCUGAAACUGAAGUAUUCCAAACUGUCGAUUUAUAUGAAAGGAAAAAUAUUCCACAAGUAGUUUUGUGCAUUUACGCCAUUGGAAGAGUGGCUCAAACAAAACCAGAUUUCAACGGACCUAUCCUUGGUCCAAAGAUGGCAGAAGAGAACAAACGAGAGUUCACCCAGGAACAGUUAGAGGCCGGUAAAAAUGUUGUCAGUCUCCAGUAUGGAAGCAACCAAGGUGCAAGCCAGGCUGGAUUGAGCAUGGGCAAACAAAGAAUGAUCGCCGAUUAAAUUAUUUCUGCAUCAUUUUUUUUUAAUAGUAAAAAACUCUUGUUUCAAUGCUAAAUGAUAGCAAAUCUUAGCUAACAGUAUUCAAAAAGAGA